AGGUAGAGCUGCCUGGGCCCGGCACGAGCGUCCCCUGCCCUCUCUCACCCCUCGGGCCCUCCCCACGCCCCCCAAACCGCCGCUAACGCUCCCCUCGCCCACACCGGGGGUGCAGCCCCCUGGUCCCAGCCCAGUGGUGAUGGGGUGACCCCUGUGGGGUCUGAACCCUCCCAGCCCCCGCCAGCCUGGCUGGCGGCACAUUCUGGGAGGUUUUCCCCUCUUUUGAGAGGAAUAGUUGGGUCCUAGUUCAGUGCUCUUGGGAGGCCCUCAGAUUUCCAGGGGGUGCUGGGGGCCAGCUGGGGACAGGGAUGUGCUUGACCCUGGGUGCUGCACCCCUCGGGUGGGGGGACGGUGACACCCUGCUCUGCUGCGCUGCUGCUCCCUGCUACGCUGCACGGCAUCGGCUUCCUCUGCUUCCCGGGAUCAGCAUCCGUCCACAUCUCAGCUCUCUGGGGCGACUCCCUCCUCCAAAAACCAUUACCUGCCUAUCCCUGUCCGCUCCACGGUCCGCCCUCCUCUCCUGGGCCACCCCUCCAGGAGGUGGUGCCACCUUUGGAUGGGUUGCAGGGUGGUAGGGAUGGGCACAUGGAAUGUAACGCUGGAUGCAGCCGAGCAUCGCCCAGGGCUGGACCCCUGACUGGGGGCUGCCACGGGACCCUCGUGCAAGAGAGAGUCCCCUCGGUGUGGCACAGUGCCCUGGACACCAUCCCGGCCGUGAGCGACUGGCAGCACCUCUCGGAUCCCUCCUGCCGUUUUUGUGGGGCAGUGUGGCCACCUGGCUGCGGGAGCAGCAGGACCGGCAUCCCCCGGAGCCCCGCAGGGUUCCCUGGAGUAGGGGUCGAGUGUCUUUGCUUUAUUUGUUUAAUUAAAACCAAGGCAAGUAGGGCGGCCCAGGGGGCCCAGCCGUCGGGAGCCGGCACCCUCCACAAAGUGAAUCCUCGGGGAAGCCCCGGUGGCCGAGCGGGACCACGGGGCAGCCGGGUCUCGGGCUUUCCCGGCAGCAGGACCACCCCGGAGGACUCGGCCACAGCGGGGCCCCUCUUUCAGUCCCUGCCCCGGGGUCGCUCCCGGCCAUGCCUGGGCAAAACAUCUCCCAUGCGGCGCCUUUUUAGCCGUGGAGGGUCCCUGAGCUCCGGACGAGCCCCGUUCCUUGGUGCCAAGGGCAGCCCGGCCACCUGGGCACCUAUUUUUCCCCGGUGAAGACAUGGCCCCUUCCUCUUCCUCCUCCUCCUCCUCCUCCUCGUCCUUGCGGGCCGGGGCUCCAUCAGCUCGCGUGUAAGGAUGCGGGACAAUUCUGCCUGGGAAUCCGCCACGGUGUCGGCACCCAGGUGAGUGCCCCCGGCUCUCGGCCGAGCCCCGGCGCAGGGGGGUCUCCGCAGCGGGGGGAAGAGGCGCCGGCGGGGGCUGCGGGAGCUGCCCCGGAGCCCUUCGGAUGCCCGCUGGGGAGAACAGUGGUGAGCGCACGGCCGAUGCCGGGUGGCGGCGAGCGAGCCGGUUGGAAUAAAGGAUUGCUAAAGACACCGACCCGGUGGGCUUCUUUCCGCUGCCAACUCUCCUCUGCUCUUGUCUCGCCCGCCCAGGCUCCCUCCCUCCCCCGGUGCUGGAGCUGCUCUGAGCCCAGAAGCCCCUUCCCAUCCCCAAACGGGCCUUCCCGCCUCGCUUCCUCCCUCAGACGUAGGAGACUGUCAGGUUACGGCCUCCGGUUGAGAGGCAGGGGGGGCUGGGGCAGGGCCCCCCUCACUGCUGGCUCCGGGAGGGAUGCUCCUGUCCGGCACAGCGGGAUGCUGGGGAGGCUGGUGCUGAUUGCUGCUGAUUUCCUCCCCCUCCAACAAUGCCCACUCCUCAGAACACCACCUCGCGGGGAGGGGGAGAGGG